CCAGGAAGGGGCUGGGCUGAAGACACCUUGGGAGCCCAGAGAGAAGGGCUAGGCCACAGCAAAGGACCUGCUCCAUCCCCAAUGGCUCAGGACAGAGCGAGGAGAACCCCAGUGCUGCUGCCCUGAGGGCAGAGUGUGAACAUGGCCAGGCGAGAGCAGCAAAGAGCCUUUGCCCUCGGGACGGGCCAGGCUCUCCCCACAGCCACUUCCGCAAAUGCACCCUCAAAUUUUCUUAAUAUCAGUCUUACAGCAAAUUGUGGUGAAGUGUUUCCGUCGAAAGCAAGAGCUCAGGCACUUCCUCCAGCAGCACCACUGUGAUGCAGGAGGGCUCACAGGACAGACACUUCUGAACAGGACACGUUGGGCAGCCCCCAGCAAUGCCCCUUCCCUGGGCUUGAGGACAGCCAUGGAGCUGAGAACCCUCCUCCUGCUGCUGCUCUGCUUCCCAGGUUUUCAGGCCCAAACACCGAGCGCUGAGGAGACACGCUCAGAAGGCAGCAGUCUGUACAUCCGGUGUCCUUACACAGCACAGACUACCCGCCAGCAGCGGAAAGCCUGGUGCCGCUUCAGAAACGGACUGUGUGAGCCCUUAGUGGAGACAAAAGAAUACUCACACACAAACUGGGCUGAAAAGGGCAGAGUCGCAUUAAAGGACAACCCCACAGAAAGAACUGUGUCUGUCACCAUGACUGAACUCCAGGCAGAGGACUCAGGCACGUACUUCUGUGCUUACUACUCCUACAGGUAUCAUCCACUAAGGAAGAUCUCACUGUUUGUUUUCAAGGAGCUGCACAAGUGGGAGUUGGACAGUGUCUCUGUGCAGUGCCUGCCCAGCACCCUGAGCUACAGCUGGGGGACCAAAGUUUGGUGUCGAAGAGAAGAUGAGACUUCAUGUAUCUUUGUGGCGAGGACAGACUACCCUUCAACACAGCUUAACAGCAAAGCUCUGGAAGACCGAACAUUGAUCCAGGAUGACACCCAGAAAAGAACUGUCACAAUCACCAUGCAGAAGCUGCAGGCUGAGGACUCUGGCAUGUACUGGUGUGCACUCUACGGAAGGUCUCAUCUCACCUGGCUCAUGGAGGUCAGGCUCUCUGUGUCCAAGAGGACCAAACAAUACACAGCCAAGGAAUCAGGCAACGUCUCUGUCCAGUGUCCAUACAGUGCCACAGAUUACAGGGCUGUGAGCAAAGCCUGGUGUAAAGAGGGAGCAAGGAAAUCAUGUACAGUGCUGGUCACCACCAGCAGCCUGGAGUACCAGAGGACACCUCAGCAAGGCAGAGUCAGGAUCCAGGAUGACACGGAGCAGGGGAUUGUCACUGUCACCAUGGAGAGACUGCAGGCACAGGACACCGGUGUGUACUGGUGUGCACUUUAUGAACAUGCUCAUCUCUUCCGAAUGCUGGAGGUCACGCUUAAUGUUUCUGAGGUAUGGGCUGGAACAACCUUGCCAGGUGCUGCAGGCACAAGUCAAGCAACCCCUCCUGCCAACAGCCCAUCCCCGAGGUCAAAUGGAAACACCUUCAUCCUGCUGUCUGGGGUCCUCAGCAUCCUGUUCCUCCUGGCACUCAUCAGCUUGGUAACACUGUAUGUCAGGCGCUGCAAGCAGCUGAACACAACAGCUCAUUCCAAAGGGAACAGAGAAGAAGACACCUAUGAGAAACCAGGGGACACAGCACAGCCUGACAGCUAUGAAAGACUGGAAAGCCCUAGGGACAACAGCAAAGACCUAAAGUACGUUACUCUGAACUUUAAAUCCCGGCUCAGCCCUGAGGAUCCUCUCUACUGUAAUGUUGAACUAAGUGAGGCUCACAGGAAACCCAAGGAUGAAAACGUGGAAUAUGCUAUCAUUGCAUUCAAGCAGUUACCAACGAACGACAAGGGAUGAAGCACAAAAUCCCAAAACAACCCAGAAAUGGGAGAAAAGAACUGGAAUACAAAGUGGGAAUGGGGAGUAGAAGGUGUGUGGAUGGACACUGGGGGUAGAUCUAAGGUUUUGCUGCCAUGUGUAUGUCGCCUAUGUAUUUUAAGGCCUCCCUCCUAUUAGGAGAAGAGACUGACCCCCCCCCCCCUUUGCUACAACCUCCUUUCAGGGAGUUGUAGAGAGCGAGAAGGUCACCCCUGAGCCCCCUUUCUGCAGCUGAACACCCCCAGUUCCCUCAGCUGCUCCUCACAGACAGGUUCUGCAGAGCUUUCAGCACAGAAAAUAAGCUCUUGGGGCUUUUGUGCAGCUUCAUGGGAGAGCUCCCCUUGGAAAGCGCUGCCAUUACUUCCCUCUCUCUGCUGGAAACACUCCAGAUAACACGUCUGCAUCCUUGAUUUAGCAGUCAUGUGGUGAGCGAUGUGCAAUGAGUUUGCUGGGGCUCAGCUCCAUUUCUCCAGAAGACCAGAAACUCUGGCACUUGCUGUAGCUGCACCCAGCUCUGCAGGAGCCUGAACCCACUCCUCUUCACAAGCCAGUCACAUCCAAAAGGCUUCUCUUGCUAUGGCUGCAGCAGGGAAGCUGAUGUAUUUCUUGAGAUUUUCAGAGUUGAAAUGACAGCAAGAAAAAGAAAAUGGUUCUGGAAAUAGUUCCUUCAGCCCUAGAUUCCCUAAACUAUUUGCUAUUCAUUCAGUCAGUUACACUGGCUUGAACAGUGCAAGAGUGGAAAACAAUUGAGUGCAAGAGAGCCAUUUUCAGGAAGACAGUGGCUUCUGAUCAAAGAGAACCCAAAAUUGUGUUCACUGGAGCAAGAAUGAACAAAACCUGCAAGCAGCCAGCCUCAGGGAGACUGGACACUGUGAGGUACCAUUUCCUUAAGCUGUAAUUAGAGGAAAGAAAAAGAAGGCACUUCUGAAUGGAGGGGAACUGUGGGUUUAUCUGCCUGUGAAGCAGAUAAGCACACACGUUACCAAGGGUCUACUUGUACUUUCAUUUACUCCGAGUGAAUAAGUUCAAGAAAGAAAAACCAGCACCAUUCAUAGCCUACCAGCCUACUGCCAUCACAGGAGGCUCCAACUGCCCUCCUGAGCACUGGCUAGCUCCAAGUCAGUGCCCCCAUGCCAUGAUCUUCCGUGCUUUCUGCUCCACACAAAAUAAAGAUGUCUGGUUUGCUCACGUAAAGCACCUCACAGCUUCACCCAA